UUAAUUUUUUUUAUUUUUAUCUGAUUUUUUUUGGAAUUCUUCUACCUGGUUUAGAAUCUUCAGCGCAGACCCUCAAGACCAACAUUCUGCUUCAUAUGUGAACCGUCUUGGAGACUCCUUUUGUUGAAUGUCUGAAGACCCUGCAGCCACUUCUCAGCCAUGUCGCAGAUGUUACACAUAGAGAUUCCCAAUUUCGGGAACACCGUGUUGGGUUGCCUGAACGAGCAGAGGCUUUUGGGACUUUACUGCGAUGUCUCCAUACUGGUGAAGGGUCAGGCGUUCAAAGCCCACCGCGCGGUGCUCGCAGCCAGUAGUUUGUACUUCAGAGAUUUAUUCAGCGGGAACAGUAAGAGUUCCUUUGAGCUUCCGGCCACUGUUCCCCCGGCAUGUUUUCAGCAAAUUCUUUCAUUUUGUUACACUGGAAAGCUGACGAUGGCCGCGAGCGAGCAGCUAGUGGUGAUGUACACCGCAGGGUUCCUUCAAAUCCAGCACAUUGUAGAGAGAGGUACGGACCUGAUGUUCAAAGUGAGCUCCCCUCACUGCGACUCCCAGACCACCAUGAUUGAAGACACAAGCUCGGAGCCCCAGAGUCCGUGCAACCAGACCCAGGGAGCCUCCAUACCCUGCGUCGUCUCCCCUUCCAUGCCCAUACCUCUCUUAACCCGGGUUAAAAAUGAGAGCCUGGAGCUUCAGCCGAUAGCGGUACCCAACUUGCCAACCAAGAGGUCGGUGGAGGGCCACAACAGAGACAAUACAGGAGGGUCAAUGUCCGCCGCUGCUCCACCAAAACUACCACGUGUCUCGUAUUACGGGAUGUCCAGUCUUGCUGCUCUCUUCCCCAACGUACAGCAAGUGCAGUACUCCCAGGGGGAACGCACAAGCCCUGGGGCAAGUAGCCUUCCAACCACUGACAGCCCUACUUCCUACCACAAUGAAGAGGAUGAUGAAGAUGACGAGGCCUAUGACACAAUGGUGGAAGACCAUUAUGGGCAGAUGUACAUCAAGUCCACAGGGGGCUACUCAGUUGGACAGGAAAAAUCCGAACAGAUUGCGAACUCUUUGGAGAACCGCUCGUGUGUUCUGAUACGCCGCGACCUGGUGGCCCUCCCGGCCAGCCUAAUCAGCCAGAUCGGGUACCGAUGCCACCCCAAACUUUACUCCGAGGGGGACCCCGGCGAGAAGUUGGAGCUGGUCGCAGGCUCUGGUGUGUAUAUCACCCGUGGCCAGUUGAUGAAUUGUCACCUCUGCGCUGGUGUGAAGCACAAGGUCCUCUUGAGACGCCUUCUCGCCACUUUCUUUGACCGGAAUACGCUCGCCAACAGCUGCGGGACAGGAAUUCGAUCCUCGACCAGCGAUCCCAGUCGCAAGCCUCUGGACAGCAGGGUCCUUAACGCCGUCAAAUUGUAUUGCCAGAAUUUUGCCCCGAAUUUCAAGGAGAGCGAGAUGAACGUGAUCGCGGCAGACAUGUGCACCAAUGCCCGUAGGGUCCGCAAGCGAUGGCUGCCCAAAAUCAAGUCCAUGUUGCCCGAGGGAGUGGAAAUGUAUCGUUCCGUCAUGGGAGCCUCGACGGCCGGCAUCCCCUUGGAGCCCGAGUUUCAGCAGAGUCCGGCUCAAGCGUUCGAGCAGAGAAUCUACGCAGAGAGAAGAGGUGAAUCUGGCGCCAUAGUCUCAUUGAGAACUAGUACUGCAAACAUUGACCUCACCACCGGGUCAAACCCGCCGUUUGAACAGAGCCAAGACGCCGAAGGAGGAACCGGAUCGGUCAUCCAAGAGGUAGGUGGCAGCGAUCCGCUGGCGGUGGAUUCCGAGGGCACCCCGCCACCCCCGCCACCACCACCUUUCGAACAAGAAGCCGGCUCCACCAGCAGGCCAGAGACCCCGGUGAGAAGGCAAGACGCUGCUUACGGUGGAACUUUAUAAGGAGGACAGGAGAUAUCCGACCGUUUCUGACCUAUAAGGGAUGUGUAGUGCUGACACUGCUUGCAUGCAUUACUAAUACAAAAAAAAAUGUGAUCAGCCACUUACCUACAGAACUGCUACUGUUGCCUGAACACAAUGUGAUUUUUAUUCUGCUUGUAUUUAAAAAAAACAAA